AUGAUGGAUGUGUUUCAGGAGGCCGUAGACUAUCUGCACACUCAACACGUGUCUACUACUGGGGAGGCAGAUGUUUUAGAUGAGGAUGUGUUCCAUGAAGAAGCUGCUCCCAUGCAUUCGCCUCUUCACACACACAUGGACUUCCCGGACACUCCAACGUUGUGCAGCGAAAAGGACAUGUUGGCCAGAAGACUAGUGGUCCUUAAAGGCAUCUUGGAGAGUGAGGAGGUGUAUCUAAAUGAGCUGGAGACUCUUCUAAUGCCCAUGAAGGCUCUCCGUGCCUCAGCCGGGACGUCCCAGCCGGUCCUGUCCGCUCCGCAGGUCCUCACGGUCUUCUAUCAGGUCCCUGAGCUCCGUGACCUGCACCACAGCUUCUACUGCGGUCUGAAGACACUGCUCAAGACACAAUCUGAUCUUGAACACGAACCAGAGGAAAAUAACUGCUGCAAAGCACGAGAAACACAGAGCCCUGCGCUGACUGUAGGCGACCUCUUUCUCAAACUGCUGAAUCAGGUCGGUGUGUAUGGAGGUUACAUCGACAACUACGUGGAUGCUGUUAACGUGGUUCGAAGGUGCACACAAGCCGACCCACGCUUCCGCACGCUGGCAGAGAGCAUGAUGUCUAAUAACAGUUUUUCUCAAAAAUCACGCACCAAAUACACUUUGGAAGCUCUAUUGUACAAACCACUGGACAGAAUCACCAAGACCACUCUGGUGCUGCAUGAUCUUUUAAAAACCACACCUGAGGAGCACCAGGACCACGCUUCUCUUCAAGAAGCGCUGAGACUGUCGCGCAGCUUCCUGUCGGGCGUCAAUGAGAGUUCCCAGAGCAGGCGAGGCGUGACGCUCACUCACGAAAAGAGACGGCAGCUGAUCCGCGACGGCUUCGUGGUGGAUGACAGUGACGGCGAGCGAUGUAUGCGUCACCUGUUCCUCUACACUGACCUCCUGCUGUGCACCCGACUCAAACCUACAGUCAGAGGAAAGCAGGACCAGUACAGAUUCAGCUGGUAUCUCCCGAUCGCCGGUCUCAAGUUGCGCUGCUUCUCAGACCAACGAUCUCCUGAGAUGCAACUUCGCUUGGACACCAUCCGGACCAAAAUGUAUCAACUCCAAAAACAGCUUCGGCAUCACAUGAAGGGAUCGAGCGCACGCAGCUGGAAGAAACUCGAGCAAAUGGAGCUACUGUUAUACACGCUCGCACCAGUGCACAGUCUGGAACUGCGAAGUCCCAAUGGAAAGAGCCGUUCUUUGUUGUCGUCAUUGCAUGAGAUUGAAGAAUGGAGGGAGGCCAUUUUCAAACUCACCAAAGAAAACAUAGAGACAGUCCCUCCUGACCUGCUGACCCUCACCAGUGCCUGUGCGAAGCUGAGAAUGACCCAGCAGCCACCUCUCAGCAGCAGCAGCAGCAGCAGCAGCAGCAGCAGCAGCAGCAGCAGUAGUAGCAGUAGUAGUAGUGCGAACACAGACGGGUUAUGUGGGACUUUGGCGGUGGUGGUGCAUUCUGCCACUGGCUUCCUGAAACCAUCUUGGAUGUCUGUUUGGGUGGAAGUGGAUGGCUUUAACGUCUAUGAAAGACAAGCUCAAACUCACUCAAUUCAUGCUUUGAAUCCACAGUGGGAACAGGAGCUGGACUUCCAGGUGGACGGGGCGACACUCUUGAGGGUGGCGUGCGUGGGACAGACGGACAGAGGCGACCGGACUGUGCUGGGCCGGACUAUCCUGACGUUGGACGCGGAAACCCUCAGCAGUCGAUGGAGAAAACAGGGUCUGAAUCUGGGGCAACUCGACGUAAACUUGUCCCUGAGAUACACGCGUCACCCGCCGGAGCCCCCCAGACCCCCCUACACGCAGCAGCAGCCAGUGUUUGGUGUUGCCAUAGAAACAGUUGCUCAACAGGAGGGCGUGCUGAUCCCACACGUGAUUCGCUGCUGCAUCGAGGAAAUAGAACGACGAGGGAUGGAUGAAGUUGGAAUCUACAGGAUUUCAGGCUCCACCAGCGACAUCAGCGCUCUGAAGACGGCGUUUGACACCAGUCUGGGUGAAGCCGUCACUCGUCUGAGGAGAGCAGAAGUGAACGCGGUUUCUGGGGUCCUCAAACUUUUCUUCAGGGAGUUGCCCGAGCCCCUCAUCCCGGCGGAGUGCUUUCACAGCUCGGUCCAGGCGCUCGACAUAGCUGACGCACACACUCGCUGCUGUGCUCUGCUGUCUGUGCUGCAGGCGUGUCCGGAAGCUCACCGCAACUCCCUUCUCUUCUUCCUGCAUCACCUUCGCCGAGUUUCUGAAAGACAAGAGACCAACAGGAUGUCUCUGUUAAACUUGGCCACAGUGUUUGGGCCCAGCCUCUUACGCCCCCCGGUGGCCAGCACGGUGAGGGACAUCUCUCAGGAUGUGAUUGUGCAGGUCCAGGUGGUUUUCUGCUACCUGCAGUGCGGCGCUCUGCCGGAGCCGCGCAUGUCUCUGCCACAUGACACAGAUGCUGAAGAUGAGACCACCCACCUGUGA